UAUGUCGAGAUCUCUGUCCAUUUGUUUUGUGAUUUUGGGUUUAAUUGGAUUGAGCCAAGAAGUGUCCACAAAACUAGAUUUCGGAGAAGAAUCUACCCCUGUUGUAAAUAAUUCCAGCAAAGAAGAUGAUGAAGUUGAAGUCAAACAUACUAUAGUCGUUUCUACGAAAUUGAAAAAUAACAAUCGAAGAGGUCUACAAACAAAUGACGGUGUUGGAGGCAUAACCUACAGAUUCGAUGAAAAAAAAACGAUCAAAGAUGACAGUGGUGAAGUUCCCAUCGUAAAAGCUUUUAAGUCAGUCGAGACAACACAAAUAAGAACUCCGGAUACUCGAACGAAAUCAACAAAAUUUCCAGAAUUUGUUACCUAUGACACAAAUUAUCGAGGUGAAUAUGAUUUGUAUCCUAAUAUUGGUUUAAAUCCUAUGCAAUGGAAACCAUCAACUUUUUACAACAAUGUUAAUUGGAAUCAAGAUAGUGGGUUAGAUAAUGUCAUCCGAAGAAGGCCGAACUAUCAAAAAUUCCACAGAAGGGUAACAGUAGAUGGAGAAAAAGAAUUUUACUGCAAAAAAUGUAGAGAACUUGGUGGUUCGAGGGAGUGUUUACAACCGAGACGAAAUUCAUGGAUAUAUGAAACUACAACUCCUAAAAUUAAAAUUGAUGGCAAAUUAGCAAAAUUAAAUUAAUCAGCCAUUGUUUGUGUCUAUUCUGACAUGUAAAUAUUAUUUAAACCUAUGUACUAAACAAUUAAAAGACUGAUGCGAUCUAAAUAACCUUGAAUCGUGGUUUAAAGUUUGCAUUAUGUGUAUGAGUAAUAAUGUUGUGAUCAUCGUUAUUGCUUUCAAUACAUUUCCAUUAAAAUGCAAUAUUUAAUGGGGCUCUUCCAGAUGAUUGCGAAAUCGUUGCGUUUAAGACUUCCUGUACAAUUGUUAUAAAUAUAAUAGAACAGAAAAGAAUAUGUUUAUUUACCAAAACUACUCUACACAAAGUCAUAAAAAUAGAAUAAUUUAUAAUCUGAUACAUAAUUUUACAAUCGUUUUUUGGUCUACGACGUGUCAA